GUACGUUAGACCACAUUAACGCCACAUGACUGACCUGCCAGCAGAGCCCUAUCUGUGGAGUGAAACUGAAUAUAUAAGAAUAAUCGCUUUUCUUCAAUGUGUGUGACAGAGGAUUUGUUUUUCAUUGCUAAACACUUACCAGAUGACCAUCCUUGUGCAAACCCUGACUCAGAGCAAGGUUAAGGUAGUUGCAGGUAAAGUGUCUGUGUGUGGUUAUGUUUCUGAGCUUCUCGCUAUCCAUGGCGGAGGUCCCUGGAACAUGCAGACACUCCAUUACUAGGGAGCACCUGAUGACACUCAAACAUCUGAUGGAUAACCAGUUGAGAAGUGGAUGCUCGAUAACCUACACAUUCAUAGACCAGAAAAAUUUGAGCAAAUGUUGCUUUGUGAAAGCUGCUCUACCGUGGAUAUUGGAGCUCCUUACCACCCACUUCCAAUAUAACAGAGGCUCGGUCAACUAUGGCUAUGUUCAGUCCCUGAGAACACUCAUCCUCAACAUGUAUUCCCAGAAAUGUGUUCCGCAGAUCAACGAGGAGAUCGAGGACAAGCCAGAGAGUUUUGAAGCUGUCUACAAUGGGUCUCCUGCAGGGGCGCUGCAGAGAGCUUCAAAGGUGCUGUCUGUUUAUUUGGAUCUGGUAAAAACACGUGACACACCCGUCGACUGGAGUUGCCAGCAUGAAUAUUCAAUGAUGCUCAGUUCUUCCACGGAGCAACCUACAGAGUCCUCCACACAGCACUGUACAGACAGUUAUGUUACGAGGUCUGUGAAGGCCUCUCAGAGAAGACCAUUGAGAGAUCUGUACAAGCUUGGCUUCAUCAUCACCUUCAUCUUUGGAGCACUACUACUAAUUGUUACUCUCUUCUGUCUAAUCACACAAAAGAAGACUCACCUCCCUCACAGAUCAGGAUCCUUUAUGAUUUCUAGGCGGGACCAGCAAGACAUAGUGAUGGAACUACAGUAAUCUUUCUCAGACAAUACAGCGCAACAUUUUUGCAGCAGCUCACAGAGCAGUCGUGAAGAUCUAUGUUUGAGACACCAUGAACAGUUCCAUUGCAGUAACUGGCCAUGAUUUAUUUAAUCUGAAGCUUCGCUUUGACAGGGA